AUACCGCCGCGGAUGGCGCACGUCGCCAAUCGUUAUAAAAAAACAUUUUUUUGUGUGCAGACAUACAAAUAGUCGUUUUUUAUAUAAAGUCUGGGAAAAUUCCUUUUAAAAUGAUCGCGGCCCUCUGCACAUUUUUGGCGUUGGUAGCGGUAUCAUUUGAGCAAGACACACGGGAUUCGACCCCCAUAUCGCCAUGUCCAAAUGUGUUCAUGUACGAGCCGCCCGGUUCGGAACAGGGGCGAUGGUAUGGCGUCGUGAACCUCUCAACUGAUAGCACACUGCACUCCCUGUGGCUGAAUAUAGUGCUUGACAAUAAGGCUGAUAUACUUGGGAACUGGAUAGGAGACGUUUCAACGCAAGACAAUAAAGACUUCAAAAUUGAGAACGCGGACAUGCAGAUUAACCCGGGCCCAGCCGUGGCCGUGCGCUUCUUCGUACAAUUCAACCCUUUAAACAAAACUCCAAGACUACAGGCAAUAAGACUGAAUGGGAGGGAAAUCUGUAACGCCAAUACACCACAGCCGGCCAUUAAUGAAAGGCCAGAUUUGUCAGAAAACAGGCCUUCGCAAAGGCCGAAUAAUGGGAUUGAGUUGAACACGAAGCCGGUGCACUCACCACCACGGGAGUCGCCAAGACCUGUGUACCCAAGGCCGGGCAGUGAACCUUCGCCUUCAAAUAUCCCCAGCCAGUCUUCAAGCCAGGAUCUGCACAGGCCUAACGAUUACGUUCUGACCACACUCAGACCUGACCGCACAAGGAAACCCGUAAGUACACCACCCCGGGACACUGAAUACUGGGACGGUCCUGCCGUCAUAGUACUGCCGGCACCAGACAAAACUAACUCUAAAUCCCCUGGGGGUCAGGCUCAAUGUGGUAAGGUGGUGUUGAACCCAAUCCCACUGGUGGUGAAUGGAACACCUACGCUGGAAGGUCAAUGGCCGUGGCAGAUCGCUUUGUACCAGACUCAGACAGUAGACAACAAGUACAUCUGUGGAGGCACCCUGGUUAGCCACAAGCAUGUCAUCACGGCAGCUCACUGCGUCACGAAAAAGUCUUCACAACUGGUUGUUGACAAGAACACCCUCACCGUCUACUUGGGGAAACAUAACCUCAGGACUUCUGUUGACGGCGUCCAGAUUCGAUUUGUUGGCAACAUAAUAGUUCAUCCAGACUACAAUGCUACCACCUUCAGCCGCGAUGUCGCCAUUCUGGAGCUUCGGGAGUCAGUGACGUACAGCGACUGGGUCAGACCUGCUUGCCUGUGGCCAGACAACGAGACAUCUUUGAAGAAUGUCAUUGGAAAGAAGGGUUCGGUUGUAGGCUGGGGUUUCGACGAGACAGGUGUCGCUACCGAAGAGUUAAGCUUAGUUGAGAUGCCGGUUGUGAGCCAGGAGACUUGCAUCAGGUCAUACAGCGAGUUCUUCGUGCGAUUCACUUCAGAGUAUACCUACUGCGCUGGAUACAGAGAUGGUACUUCAGUCUGCAAUGGCGACAGUGGUGGCGGUAUGGUCUUCAGGAUGGGAGGCACUUGGUACCUUCGUGGUCUCGUCUCCUUGUCAGUGGCCAGGCAAAACGAGUACCGGUGCGACCCGUCGCAUUACGUGAUAUUCACAGACUUAGCCAAAUUCUUGCCAUGGAUCUACCAGAAUGUUUAUGAUUUUUGAUCUUGUUAACGUUAGGUAUUGAAGACUAAUUUUGUUUAUGAAGAGUACCUUUGCAGCUAGGUUACGCUAAUGCGCAAGAUACGAUUUUGCGCAACUGUCAUUUAGCCGCAGGUAGGUAGGUUUGCGCAAAUGUUGUUUUGGCACGAAACAUUGUGACAUUAUGUUCACAGUAGUUACACUACCUACAUACCUUAAUAAGUUUUCUCACAGAAA